AAUUGGUAUUUCACAUUCCUAUAAGUCCAAGGAGUUAUAACUAAUUAGCAACAGCCUCCUGGCUCAAGAUUAAGAUUCCCCGCGGCUUUAUUCUACGGUCAUGAGGCACACUCAGGGUAUCAGCCGUGAGCUCCUUAAAUUCAAAAAGAUCAAAAACUAAAGCAUGGCUUUGAGCAGCACUAUUCUGUACACCCACACGGGGAUUUUACUGCUACUCUCCAGUCCAUUUCCGGGGCGGCUGGAAGACGAAAUGAAGGACUACAGAGAAAAAGAGAUUUUGGAAAUGCUGCACAUUAAAAGGCUCACGGCCCCCUACAGGAGCAGGCCUCACCCAUACAUGAGACGAGUCUACCAGCACCUCAACUCGGGCAGCAGGGAUCUGUCAGACUCCGAAGGCACCCUGGUACAAAGCUUCAGAAGCGUCCAAGACCCCAAACACGGAGUCCCUGGCUGGAUUUGGUUCAACAUCUCCUUUUUAAAGCCGACUAUGACUGUCGCCGAGUUAGUGCUCUUUCGUAAAACCCUCCACCCUCAGUCAGUGACAGUGGAAGUCGCCGUGCACAGCGUUUACGUCUCAGCCAGCAACGUGACCGUUAGUGAACCCCUGGAUGGAAAAGUCCUGACACUAAACGAGCUCCCUGCUUCUGGAUAUGACGUGUUUAACGUCUCAGCAAUCCUGGGCCAAAGUGCCAAUAAAAUGGUGGGUUUUCAGCUGCGAUACACUGAUGAGAGCGGAAGUCUGGUAUUGCAUGAAGCCUUGACUCAAAGCCUUUACUGUUUAAAUACCAGUUCACAGAAUGAGCCUUUGAUGGUGGCGUAUCAGUUUGACCUUAAAAACCCCAACGAAAUGCCUAGCAAGACAGGAAGACAACGACGGCAACUCUACAGAGCAGCCAGAAUGGUGAGACUGCCAGAAGAAUUGAUCGGCAAACAGAUCCCCUCUCCGGAGUGCAGGCUGUUCCAUCACUAUGUUAAUCUGCGAUCCCUGAGACUGGAUCACUGGAUACUGGAGCCACCGGGGUUUCUUUCAGGUGUCUGCAGAGGUCAAUGCUGCCGCAAAAAAUGUAGUUAUGAAACAAGGGAAGAAAAUGAUGGAAGUAAGAAUAGAACAAAUACGGAGUCCCACUGUAUCCCACAGAGGCUGAAGUCACUCAACGUUAUGUACGCCUCUGAAGAAGAAGAUGUCACCAUUGAGAUGUUCAAAGGCAUAAGAGCAGAAAGCUGCAUCUGCAAAUAAAAGCUUGUCUCCUUUGCUGUAUCAUGAGACGUCUUUAAUGAAGGUUGUGUUAUCUGAAAAGAUCUGACAAAUUGUUAGAAAAUGUUAAAAUCACCAAAUCAUAAUAAGUCUAUUAGGUAUCGCCUGCUUGCCAAAGUGUUGGACAAUAAACCACAUGGUUGGUGAGUCUCCUUCCAUAUUUCAAAGCAUAUUAGAUAUGCUCUGUGUCUGUGUGUGUUUUUUUGGUUGAAUGUU